AUGGCAGUGAAGGAAAUCAGUGUAAAGGAGAACAACAGGACUCAGAUGUGGUGUAAGGUCCCUUUUCUGCUUCCCACAGAUGCAGAGAUAGUCUGGAGAUACGCAAUGGAGAGAACGAUGUUGAUGGAUCGGUUUGACGAGGUCACGGUUGGAGUGGAUCUACUUUACUUCAUCCCCUCUGCCCGGCCAGAGCACUCGGGCACCUACCAGUGUGAAAUAUUCUCCCAGGAGCACUCACUCGUCCGUAUCUACUACUACGUCACAGUAGUCCCUAUGGCACAGAUAGGCCAUGCAGAACUACAGGAUGUUUUUGAACAGGCUCUGCUCCCAGGAGGCCAGUUCUUUUCCCUGUCCCCUACAGUUCCAUUCACCUUAUGGCUUCCCAGUCCUGCCCUCGUCACCACCUGUCUGACUGCAAUACUUCUGCUGGUCUUCAUUAUUGCAGAACCUCCAGAGGUGACGGCAUCCGCUGCAGAACCUCCAGAGGCAGCAGGGGUGUUCGCCUCAGCUCCUCUCAAGACAGGGGUGUCCACCUAUGAACCCAUCGUCUGUCCUGACAAGGUCAUGGAGACCGUCAGUGAAUCCCCUGUCAAACCUGUCACGGCCAUCGAAGCCAACCAGGAGUCUCUCUCUGAGCUCAUAGUUUGUCCUGUUAUGGUCAAGGAGGCCAUUUAUAAACUCUCUGCCUGUCCUGUCAUGGCUCUGUAG